UUUCCUCCAUGAACUCAAAGUCAAGGACUGUGGCCUUAAAUUCCUUAUCCGUUGAUGGAGGCAUUCGAUUCAAGUAAAGAGUAGUUGACCCGCUGUUUGUAUACUCAAUGCAAGUUAUAAGGACAAGAUCACGGCCUACUUCACCAGCCACCAGCGUCUUUUCUCCUUCUCUACUCUCUUUUUCUCAGAAAGAACUUAGAGGUGACUGGUUGAACUAAUGAACCAGUGCAAAUCUGAUCUCAAUUUGAUUUUCGUGUUUUUAACUAACCGGUGCACUGCUUCUCUUCUCACGAAACCACCCUAAGUCCUCUUGGCGGAGAAAGAGAAAGGGCUUCAGCUGUUCUCUUCAGGAGGAUCAUUACAUCUGUGUGUGGGAUGCAGUUGUCUCUUCUUUAUCAUGGUAACAGCUCUUCCCUUCAUCCUUGCCUCUUCUCCGCCUUCGAAUGUCCUGUACCGAGUUGGCUCCCUCUCUGUGGAGAGGUCUUCCGCGGACGUUCUUAUUUCAGAGAAAGGAACAUUCAAGGCAGGGUUCUACCAAGUGGGCGAUAACGCUUUCUCCUUUGCCAUCUUGUUUUCUGAGACGCUCGACCGACAAAAGACGGUCGUCUGGAUGGCUAACAGGGACUGGCCUGUGAACAGCAGGGGCUCUCGGUUAUCCCUCCGAAAGAGAGGCGAUCUCGCCCUGCUGGAUGCAGACCGCAGAGGCGUCUGGACGACGGCCACCACCAGCGCCGGUGACGGAGAGGUUGCGAAGUUGUGGGAAACGGGGCACCUGGUGCUGAUGGACGGGAAGAGGAAAUUGGUGUGGCAGAGCUUCGACCACCCGACGGACACAUUGCUGCCAGGGCAGCCAUUAACGAGGUCCUUGCGGUUAGUGUCGAGAGCAGCGGAAGGCAUUUACACCACGGGGUAUUACGUUGCCCACUUCAAUGACGACAAUGUGCUGAGUUUCGUUUACGAUGGGCCCAACAAUGUCUUCGAGAACGGAAGGACCCGGUACUUGCUUCAUUACUUUGAAGGCAUAACUGAUGCAUUUUUUACUUUUUAUUCUUUUCUUGUGGCCAUGCAUAUUAGAAGACUUAGAAGAGCAUGGGGUCAUUUGAAUGCGGCAAAACUACUUACUUUUUGAGAAAGAAUUCAACUUUGAUAGAA